AUGCAGGAGGUACUUUUUAAGGAACAUCAAUAUAUUCAAAGGGGAAAGUCCUUGAAACGUUACAUUUCCAAAUUACGAAAUGUGCUAAAGAAUAAUAGACUCGCUGGUAAGGCCAAGAAGGACCUAGAAGUAAGGUCUCAAAAGAAAGAGAAACCAAAAAGAAACAGCUUAAGUAGUAAGCGCAAAAGGUCUCUUACAAGCGCUAAUAACACUAAUAAUAUUACCCCUACACGGAAGGAAACUCAAUCUGCAAAGAAGCAAGACUCACCUAAAUGGAAGAGACAAAAAAGAACUAGCAGGGAUCGAGGUAGAACAAGUAGUAAGAAACGACGUGAUCCGCAUGGAAACUGCGAUUUGUUAGCAUCAGAACAAUCAGAGAAUCCACAUAAUCAUGCCGACUCUCCUCUCUCCCGACGUUCAAAGAAUUCCAAAUCGUAUAAUAGGAGAAAACAUUCGAAAGAAGCAAAGAAUUUAACACUUGAUGAUAUCCAAGAGCAUCCAAUGCUACAACAAGAACUCGUAGCUAAUAUUAAUGGCAGCUAUAUUCAAUUCCAUCUCGUUAGCGUAGAUCCCAAACUUCUUCUUCAAGGACCGCCAGUAAUCACUACGGAACCUAUGCCUUCACUCAUUUGGCCUUAUGAUUAA